AAUUUGGACAUCCCAUGAGGGUAAAAUUGUCGUUUUAUGUUUAAAUUACAAGGUUAGAAAGGUUUAAGCACCUUAGAAAAACACCAAAAUGGCUUUAUCGUCCUCUGCUACUGCCUCUUUCAACAGAAUACAGAAGGAGAUCCACUGCUUCCCUCCCAAAAGAGAUAAAUGGAACCUGUGCAAUGUUCUUAGUAAGAAAGCUAAGGGAAGCCAUUGUCGUUAUAGGGUUUGCAUCAAAAUGUCGUCUUUUUCUGAUUCUGAUUUGCAUGAAUCUCUGACUCCAUAUGAGCAAUCAAAGAGAGUGUGGGUAUGGACUGAGAGCAAACAGGUCAUGACUGCUGCUGUGGAAAGAGGAUGGAAGACCUUCCUUUUCACUUCUCAUAAUCAAGAACUUGCCCAUGAGUGGUCGUCAAUGGCAUUUAUAGAUCCUCUGUUCAUUAAAGAAGGAGGGGUUUUUGAUGGUGAGAACAAAAGGGUUGCUACGGUACAUGAGAUUUCAACUCCUGAAGAACUAAAGAAGCUCCGACCAGAGGACCAGCAUGCAGCAAAUGUUGUUAUUGAUCUACAAGACUGGCAGGUGAUACCUGCAGAAAAUAUUGUGGCUGAAUUUCAAGGCAGUCAAAAGACAGUUUUUGCUGUCUCAAAAUGUCCCUCUGAAGCACAAUUAUUUCUUGAGGCCUUGGAGCAUGGGCUGGGAGGGGUAGUUUUAAAAGUUGAGGAUGUGGAAGGUGUUCUAGACCUAAAGGAGUAUUUUGACAGAAGAAAUGAAGGAUGUAAUAGAUUGAGCUUGACUAAAGCCACUGUAACACGAGUUGAUGUGGCUGGAAUGGGUGAUCGAGUUUGUGUUGAUCUCUGUAGUCUAAUGAGGCCUGGACUUUUCCUUGUUCACUCAGAAUGCUUGGAGUCAAAUUACAUUGCCAGCAGGCCCUUCAGAGUCAAUGCUGGGCCUGUCCAUGCCUAUGUUGCUAUACCUGGAGGAAAAACUUGCUACCUGUCUGAAUUAAAAGCAGGCAAUGAGGUGAUUGUGGUUAACCAGAAGGGCAAACUGCGUACAGAAAUUGUUGGCCGUGUUAAGAUAGAAACCAGACCACUUAUCCUUCUGGAGGCAAAGAUGAUCAAACUCUAUACAGCAUCUUUCUACAGAAUGCAGAAACUGUUGCAUUGGUUUGUCCCCUCCAAGGAAAUGAACGACAAAAGACAGCCAUUCCCAUUACCUCACUUAAAGUUGGAGAUGAAACUUUGCUUAGAGUACAAGGUGGGGCUCGGCAUACUGGCAUUGAAAUCAAAGAGUUUAUUGUCGAAAAUUGAACAAGUGAGAUAUUUAACCAUUGCUAUGGAACAACUGGUGAAUUACUAAACUUCCUUAGUGAACUGCUGUUAUGACAGACUUAAGGAGCUUAUAUUUUACAACUUUAGUUCAGGUUGUGACCUUGCAAGUUUAAGGGCUAAGUUACGAUUCAGCCUGUAAUGAAUGGGUACAGAGGGUUUUCUGAGCUGAUCUUGGUGCACCCUCAUCACUGGGUUAGUGAGAACAUCUGAAGAAGGUGGGUGAGAGCGAGAAAAGUCAUGUGGAAGACUAAGAAUAAUGACAAACUUUCAAGAGCUACUUUGUGUCAUUGGUACAGUUUAAGGUAAGCUGAUUCCAUCUUCUUAUAUCUUUCUCUUUUGUGAAAAUUUCUUUAUUCUGUUAAUUAGCUGUAGCUAUAUGUAACAAUGGUGUUAGUGCCGAAAGGUAGAAUGGCAUUUGCAACGUAACUCUAAGUCAGUGCAUGGUUGUCUUUUUUGUUAGUAUAGUUCCUUCAAUCAAAGAACCAUGUCUCCAGAUAUUUUGUAUAUGUAUCAUGUUUGAUGGAUUAGGUGGAGCUGUUAGAACAAACACCGUUUCUUCUU